CUCCUCCUCCCCAACCAGGCGUUCUCCGCUCCACUCCUGCGCGCUUCUGAUUUCGUUCUCAGGCAAGCGGCAGCGAACUGGAUCACCAAAAGUUCGCGAAUUUCGCGUAGUGGUGUCUGGUUUGGUCGGAAAGGUUUGGUGCGUUAGUGGGGUUGGGUUUGUCAGUUUAUUUCGCGGUUCCAUCAUGGAGGCUCGCGGGGUUCUCCUUCUGCUGGCGUGCGUCUUUGCUGGGACGCGAGUGCAGUCCUUAAGACCCAAAUUUUCGGAUUGUCCUGUUGAUUUGUUCUUUGUCUUGGACACAUCGGAGAGUGUGGCCUUGAGACAGAAACCCCCCAACUUCUACAUCGACCAGAUCAAAGACUUCACCAAGAAGUUUGUGGAUGAACUCAAAGAAAUGCGUCACCCAUGUGACCGCUACCUGACGUGGAACUCAGGCGCGCUGCACUACAGUGACGAGAUCAUCCUGGUGAAGGGGCUGACGGACAUCGCCACGGGUAAGAAGGAUCUGAAGGACGAGAUAGACACCAUCAAGUACAUCGGGAAGGGAACGCACACCGAUUGCGCCAUCAAGAGGGGCCUGGCCGAGCUGCUCGUCGGCGGCUCCUACUACCAUGAGAACAAGUACAUCGUGGUGAUCACGGACGGCCACCCCAUCACCGGGUACAAGGAGCCGUGCGGCGGCGUGCAGGAGGCCGCAAACGAGGCCCGCAACCACGGGGUCAAGGUGUUCGCCGUCGCCAUCACACCUGACCAGGAGGAUACCAGACUGUCGGUCAUCGCUACGGACCAGACCUACAGACAGAACUUCACGGCUGCUGAUGAGUCCAGGUCGACCAAGAUGGGGACCAUCCGCACCAUAAUCGAUAUGAUUACAAAUGAGACCAAGGAUGUGUGUUGCUCCUUCGACUGCAACGCUCCAGGAGGUCCCAAGGGAGGUGAAGGAGAUAUCGGCUCCAACGGAGAGACCGGCAGACCUGGGAUGCCCGGAGAGAAGGGAGGCAUCGGGGCCGUGGGCAACGUUGGAGAUCCAGGUCCCAUCGGUUACCCCGGGAUGAAGGGAGACAGAGGCGGCAGAGGCCACAAGGGUGAAAGGGGACACAAAGGCUACAAGGGAGGCAAAGGAUUCAGGGGAACGGACGGAGUGGACGGACGGAAGGGGGAAAGCGGUUUCCCAGGUCUCUCCGGCUGUAAAGGAUCUCCUGGAGCCGAUGGCCUGCAGGGUGGACCAGGUCCCAAAGGAGACCCCGGCGCCUAUGGACUCAAGGGAGCUAAGGGAGAUCUUGGAAAUGAUGGCGAGCCUGGAAGAACUGGGAGCUACGGCCCCCUGGGAUCCAAGGGUGACCGAGGUCCUCGAGGAGCCAAUGGGGACAAGGGAGAGCGUGGCGAUGAUGGCGCCCCAGGACCCGAUGGACCCCGCGGAGAGAGAGGCCAGGUCGGGGAGAAGGGCGAGCAAGGUUCCCGUGGAAACAGAGGUUCCAGAGGAGACCUGGGGGAUCUAGGACCUCGCGGAGAACAGGGGAGGGAGGGGUCAUCCGGGCCCAACGGAGACCCAGGCGAGCCUGGAAGAGUCGGGUCACCUGGAUACAGAGGAGACGAAGGAUCACCUGGACCGGAGGGGGCCAAAGGACCACGAGGGAUCAAAGGAGCUCCAGGAGACAGAGGCCAGAUGGGAGAGAGGGGAGUGGACGGAGUCCAAGGAAAUGGAACAGUCGGUUGCCAUGGUUUCCAGGGAUACCCUGGUCCACGCGGAGACCCCGGCGAGGAGGGUGGCAAGGGAACGCCAGGACCCAAAGGGGAUGACGGCGAGCCCGGGGAGCCAGGAGCAGAUAACGACCUUCCCGGGGAUCCAGGACCUAAGGGCGCUAAAGGUCACCGAGGACCUGAGGGAAGAGUGGGACCACCAGGACCUCCUGGACCAGCAGGGACUGAUGAAUGUGAAAUUCUGGACAUCAUCAUGAAGCUGUGCUCUUGUUGUGAGUGUAAGUGUGGGCCUUUGGACCUGGCCUUCAUCGUGGACAGCUCUGAGAGUAUCGGUGCCUCCAACUUCGCCCUGGCCAAGGACUUCAUCAUCACCGUCAUCGACCGCCUCAUGAAGGACCAGCAGAUCAAGUUCUCCUUCAACAACUCCCGUGUGGGCGUGGUGCAGUACAGCGGCUCGGCAGCCCAGGAGGUGUUGCAGCUGGACGACAUCAUGAGCCUUCAAGAUUUCAAACAGGGGGUGCGGGACAUGCGCUGGCUGGCGGAGGCCACCUACACCGGGGAGGCGCUGCAGUACUCCCUGAACAACAUGAUCAACAACAUGAAGCUGGAGAACCGCGUGGUGCUCGUGCUCACCGACGGGCGCUCCGACACCAACCGGGACAAUGUGCCGCUCAACACGCUCUGCGGCAAGGGCAUCCGGGUGGGGGGUCUGGGCGUGAAGGACUACGCGGGCCGGAUCCCCAACAAGGAGCAGCUGGGAGACGUGGUGUGUCAGAAUGACCCCAAGCCCGGCUUCACCUUCGUCCUGGACAACUUCGCUGAGCUGCUGGACGACACCUUCCUGCAGAACCUCACCGCCAACAUCUGCAAAGAUAAGAAGUGCCCCGACUACAAAUGUCCCAUCAGCUUCGAGGAGGCCACCGACAUCCUGCUGAUGAUUGACAGCUCGGCCAGCGUGGGCCAGAAGAACUUCGACACCAGCAAGGCCUUCGUGCAGCGCCUGGGCGAGCGCUUCCUGGCGUCGGAGCAGGCGGGGCGCCCCCGGGUGCGCGUGGCGGCCGCUCAGUACAGCCGUGCCACCGCGCUGGAGCAGGACUUCACCACCAACCUGACGCUGCUGGCCCAGCGCGUGAACGAGGCCGCCUUCCAGAACGACGGCACGGACAUGGUGGAGGCCAUGCGCUUCUCCUUGGAGAAGUUCCGAGGGCGCGGUGACGGCAGCGGCGCGCUCUCCAAGAAGCUGGUGCUGUUCUCCGACGGCCGCUCCCAGGGCAUCACGCAGGCGGUGCUGGAGAAGCGCGUGCGCGAGGUGGAGGACGCCAACGUGGAGCUGUUUGUGAUCGCCGUGGGCAGCCAGGUGAACGAGGCCAACCUGCGCACCCUGGUGAGCCGAGGCCGGCCGGACGACGUCACCUACGCCCAGCGCCACCUGCUGCGCAUGGCCGACUACCCGUCGCUGCUGCGCGGCGUGUUCCACCAGACCGUGUCCCGCCGCGUGUCUCUGACCCGGGCUAGAGGAGCCAGGCAGUAGAUCCCCCCCCUAACCGACC